CCGAAGGUGACAAAAAAGAUGCUGAAAGAGGCCGAGCAGGAGCUGUACAAUCUGCUGCUGAAAAAAAAGCAGCUGGACCGCAAUCUGAUAAGCACGGAAUCAGCCAUAUAUGAUUUUGAGACAUCGUAUUUCGAAAACUCGGGCCAGGACGGCAACAUUGUGCAUGGGUUCGAGGGGUAUCUGAACACGGGGCGGCACGAGCGGCGGCAGUUCCAUUUCACCGAUGCGGACAGGAUAUUUUCGCAGUCCUCAGCGACAUUCAAGAAGGCACAGGAGGCGCGCAUUGCAGCGGCGAUGCAGGACUCGGACUCGGACUCGUCGGUGGCCAGC